ACAGCAUGGAGAAGGCGGAGCAGCUGCGACCUGAGGGGUUUCCAGAGCUAAAGAACGACACGUUUCUGCGUGCAGCGCGCGGGGAGGAGUGCAGAUAUGUUCCUGUCUGGUGUAUGAGGCAGGCAGGCAGGUAUCUUCCAGAAUUUCGGGAGACCCGUGCUGGGCAGGACUUCUUUGCUUCUUGUCGUAGUCCUGAGAUCUGCUGUGAACUUACCCUACAGCCGUUGCGGAGGUUUCCUCUGGAUGCUGCUAUCAUUUUUUCUGACAUUCUUGUGAUUCCACAGGCACUAGGAAUGGAGAUCCGGAUGGAGCCGGGGAGGGGUCCUGUGUUUCCAGAACCUCUGCAGAACCCACAGGACAUGGACAAAUUAAAGCAUGCUGUUGAUGUUUCACAGGAGUUGGGUUAUGUGUUUCGGGCCAUUACAUUGACACGUCACAAGUUAGAAGGCAAAGUGCCUCUAAUUGGAUUCACUGGGGCUCCGUGGACUCUCAUGACCUAUAUGAUUGAGGGUGGUGGCUCUAAUACUAUGUCCAAAGCAAAGAGGUGGUUAUACAAGUACCCAUCUGCCAGCCACCAGCUGCUGCAGCAGCUUACAGAUAUCAUUGUGGACUACCUGGUGGGACAAGUCGCAGCAGGUGCACAGGCUCUUCAGGUGUUCGAAUCUCAUGCCGGCUGCCUCGGACCCCAGCAGUUUGAAGACUUCUCUCUCCCGUAUCUCAGAGAAAUCUCACGCAGGGUGAAGCAUAAGCUAAAAGCAGAAGGACUAGAGCAAGUGCCCAUGAUUGUGUUUGCUAAGGACGCACACUAUGCGCUGGAGGAUCUCUCUCAGUCAGAGUAUGAAGUGGUCGGGUUGGACUGGACUAUUCGGCCACAGGAGGCAAGGGAGCGAACAGAAAAGCGAGUGACGCUUCAAGGCAAUAUGGAUCCUUGCGCCUUAUAUGCCAGUAAGGAGGAUAUUGAGGGAACUGUGAAGAAUAUGAUAAAAGCUUUUGGCCGACUUGGUUAUAUUGCAAACUUGGGCCACGGCUUGUACCCAGAUAUGGAUCCUGAGCAUGUUGGAGCCUUUAUAGCUGCUGUACACAAGUACUCUGAGGUGAAGGACAACUAAGCACAAGAUUGGUCCUGUGUCACGCUGCUGUCUCCAGAGGGUAUUAGAGAUACCUGAACUCUGUGCUGAUUUUGUACCAUGAAACAGUAUUGCAGAUAAUGAUGCAAUAAAUCCUCCUAGUUACAUUAUGGACUAAAAAUAUCAUUCAGACUUUUGUAUUUCCUUAUUGCUUCUGUCUCUGCACAAAAACAUUUCAGUCUUAUUUUAAGCAGAUGUAAAUUUGAUGUUGUGUGACGCCUCUAAUUGUGCUCACUGAUAAUAAAAAAUAUUAAGACUUGAAAAAUCA